AAUGAGUCUAAAACGGGGCGGGGCGGGCAGGGCGGGUCGGAAGUAGAUACCCAUGUCCCGUCCCACGCUACUGCGGGUCGGGUAAUACCCGCGGGAGGGUUGAAAUUGCCAUCACUAUUCAUCAUUUUAAAGUGUCACAUAUUUGAGUGGUAUUCUGAUUUUUCUUAUUAAUAUUAUUGUUUUAAUUCUUAAGUUUACGGGGUCCUUAAAAGCGUUCUAUUUUACAAUCUCAAUGUUACCAAUUUUUUUGAUUUUAUGUAAAAUUCAGAUUUUAACCGCAUGGUUCUUAUUAAACCUCUCCAAAAAAACUCAAUAAUUGAAUAGAUACUUGAAAAUUUUCAUAAAAAUAUAUUGAAAUAUUGAAAAAUGAUGAUGAUGAUGAUACCAUUUCAGUUUCUUUUUCUUCUGGUGUUGGGCCAGCUCUUCCACGAUCCACGCCAAGUAGUAGGCCGAAAGAACGGCCUGGUGGCAAAUGCCAGUUUAAACCAGGGUUCAUUAAACCGUACCGUACCGACGGUUCAACCACAAAAUACCAGUAUUGGAGGCUAAACCGAUAGGCGACAUUUAAUGGUACUAACGGCUGAACUACGGUUAAACCACGGUUUUGUCAUAAAAUACCUUAUCGCUGACUUUUCCGGUACGGUCUCCGGUACGGUUUCAUGGACCAUGGUUUAAACAAAACACGAGAAAUCUGAAAACACACCCAAAAGACAUUUCCCCAAUUUUCCCUCCAACCGAUUAUGACGCCGGAGAACCUUCUCCGCCGCCCGCAGCCGGUAGAGAAGCUGACUCUGGGAUGCCCGGUGAUGGACCGCUGCCUAGCCGGUGGAAUCCCCUGCGAAUCGAUCACCGAAAUUGUCGCCGAAAGUGGCUCCGGCAAGACCCAACUCUGCCUACAGCUCGCCCUUCUCGCCCAGCUCCCACCCUCACUCGGCGGCCUCUCCGCCUCCUCCAUCUACCUCCACUCCGAGUUCCCUUUCCCCACUCGCCGGCUCCACCAGCUCGCCGCUCAGUUCCACGCCCACCAUCUUCAAGACCUCAUCGCCACCGGCCGCGACCAACGUUACGAUCCGAUGGAUGGCAUACUCGUGCAGAGUGUCCACACUGCCGACCAACUGCUCGACAUAAUGACCCAGACGGAAUCUUUUCUCCAAAAUUCACAAACCCAGUUCCCCGUCAGGCUGAUCGUGAUCGACUCCAUCGCGGCAUUGUUCCGGUCUGAGUUCGAUAACACCUCGAUCGACUUGAUGAAGAGAUCUUCACUGUUUUUCAAGAUAUCCGGGAAGCUGAAGAGCUUGGCCUCGAGGUUUAGAUUAGCGGUGGUGGUGACUAAUCAGGUGGUGGAUUACGUUGGGGAUGGGAUGAACGGGUUAAAGAUUGGGAAUUUGGAGGAAUUGUAUUCUUCUGGGAGGAGGGUUUGUCCCGCUUUAGGGUUGGCUUGGUCGAAUUGUGUGAACUCAAGGCUUUUCCUUUCCAGGGAAGAAGAUGAGAAGGCGAAUAAUUGCUCGGUGGAACGAAGUGAAGAAGAUGGAGGUUUUGGUUCUCGGACCACAAGAAGAUGGCUUCAUCUUGUUUUUGCUCCACAUUUGGCUCCUUCAUCGUGCGAGUUUGUGAUCAGAAGAGAAGGCAUUUCUGGAGUUGACAGAUAAGUGAAGACUCGGGAGUUCUUCAUUUACAGAGCGUUUCUGGCAUGAAUCUCCACCAUGUGAUUGCUAAGUUUGUUUAGCAUUCUAACAUGCGGAAGUUAGUAUGAUCUUGACCUUCAACAGUUCAACUUUCAAGUUAGCUCCAGAGUCCAUAGGCGGUAGUGUCUUGUUACUUGUCAAGCUUAUUUACAGCUAUAACAUACAUAGUAGCUUUCACUUUCUAUAACCAUAAAGCCCAAAGAAUCAG